AUGCCAGUUUAUGACCGAGAGGAAAUACCCUUUGUUAUACCUGAUACUGUAACACCGAUUCUUGCAUUUAAGGCAAGAUUAAAGUCCAGUACUGCAGUGGUGGGAGGUCAGACCAUAGUGCUUCCAGUAUUAAUCUUCAAGGAAGGAGAUGGGUAUACCCCAGAUACUGGAGAAUUUACAGCACCCAUCAGUGGGGUGUAUAUGUUUAGUUUAGCUUUCUGCCUUUACCCAAAGAAGAUAUUGACUGUUAGUAUAAUGAUUGAAGGAACAAGAUAUUCAACGUCAUUGUUCAGAGGUGAUGAUAGUAACGGAUAUUUAUCUGCUGAUUCAGUUGCCAAAGUGACCGCCGGACAGAAGGUACUGGUCGAGGUUAUACCAGGCGGUCAUUCUGGCAGCAUUAUACAACAGGAUCAAUACCGUUGGAAUACAUUCUCCGGGACAUUAAUAAGCAGAAGGAUUUAA